AUGCAUACUCAACACGAUAACCAAGACAUUCUCCAAGGUGCCGACUUGACAAAAAGUCCACCAAAAAGCAACCUCUCAACCACCAAUAAAGCUCACUCAAGCCCCAACGACCUCAUCUUCACACGCAUCGGCCCCUGGCGCAUUAACACGGAAAUCACAACCAAACACCAAAGCGAAAGCCCACUAUAUUCCAUCGAAAUUACCGGUCUCUUCAGCGACAACACCGAAAUCACCAUGUACAAUGGAUCCAAAAAGGAGGACCGUGUCCUCGGUCGCUGUCGCUUCAACAAGUUCCGCACAUCCGAGAUGCAAAUAGUUUCUCAUGGGGGUGCCUCGUCACGCAUGGUCUGGAUCAAGCAUCACGAUUCUUAUCGGUGGUCUGUCCCGAAAACGUCUCGAGCUGGCGAAAAGACCGACGUGACGGACGAGAAAUACUUUCUAUGGAAAACGACCGAAUUCCCGGCGUCUCCUUCGGGUAAUCGGGUGUACCAAAAUCUGGAGCUUUGCGAUAUGGACACUUCUACCGUCUACGCUGCCUAUUCCGGGGCUGCACCGGGUACUAAGAGUGGUGGGCAUCUGCUUCUGAGAGAGGAUAUGGGAGAUGAGAUGAUCACGAUGGUUGUAUUGACGGUGUGUGGUUUGAUCGAAAAGGAAAGGCAGAAGAGGGCGAGAAAGGGGAACUACACGAUUGGCAUGUUGGCCUAUUAG